AUGCAACACUUAGCCCGACCCAAUCUAAUCUUUGCCAAUAGCACACUGCCGUUGGAACAAUUAAAACGCUCUAAACAACCUAAACUCGAAGAGAAAAUUAAUCGAACAAUGUUGAAGCAUGGAAAGAAAAAGGUGGCGCGAGGUGAACAUUAUUUAACUGUUUCUCAAGAUACAUAUCCGCAUCCAUUUACAACCAUGGGUAAGGAAGAGGUUCUGAGUUUGACGUAUAAAGAAUUAUUAUACCUAAACACAUUUCAAUUUCAAUCAGUCGAAGAACGUAAAAAAGUAUGCAACAGUUUGGCCAGCUUUAUAGGUGACGAGCUUCUCGCUAAUACGAAACUAGCGAGUCGUAUAUACACAUCAGUACAAAAAGACGAUAUGAAACUUGAAAUUACAAGCCAGCUACUAGAUCGUUUUGCCAAAGAUAGCUUCUCGACUUCAAUUAUUCAAUUUAUGGCACAGUCUACUCACAGUGAUACAAGAGAAUUAUUUUGCAAAAAUAUUAAAGCUAUCGUGGAAGAGAAGAGUACAGUACUAUCCAACACCGAUGCAAAAUCAAGAUAUUUGAUGUCCUAUUUAUAUAAACUUGCACAGACCCAAGUCAUCAACGAAAAAACUAUCUAUAUUGGGAAUGAUUUGUUUUCGAAAAUUCUUCAGCUAGUUCCAUCGAGUCAAUAUGGUGAUUUGUAUUCAUAUAUGGUGCACAUUAAUGUGCGACCCCAGAACUCAGAACUCAUUGAUAAACUUCGUAAAAUCUUGCUUAAAGGCACGGAAAGAUCCAGAUUUAUAGCUAGGACCGGGUUUCUUCACCCCGUGUGGCAUGACUUGAAUAAAACCUCAUUUAGUGAAUUGCACUCUGCACGUGUGAUUGAACAUUUUGAUAUGAAGGAAUUCCUUCGAAACACGUUUAGUUUUGUCAACAGGAAAGAGCACACAUUGUCAAUUUGGUCAUUGAAAUGUAUGGAAGCCAAGUUUGAAAAAUUGUGUGCAGCCGAAACUUCCAAUCGUAUGAUGCGCCAACACCUUUCCUAUAUGCUUGUAACUGCUUUCCAUGUGGUAACUGAGCUUAAAGAUGUGAAAAGUGGGUUGCCGAUUUUGCAGUAUAUGACUACCAACAAUAUUGGGGUAACGUUUAGUCGAUACCAUACCAUUUUGAGAAAAUUAAGAAGAUCACUGUUAUACGACGAGUUUUCAACAGUAUUGAAUGGUAUGGAUCUAAAACUGCUCACUCGCGAGGAGAAACUAAUUGUUGCUGAGGAGAUUUUGAGGUUAAUCAAGCGCAGGUAUCCUACUUCGCCAAAAGUCUUACUUGGAUACGUUGGUGCAAUGUUUGGCAAAUGUGAAUCUGGAACAACAUUGGAUGUUUUGAAUGAAAUGGGGUUGCUUAGUUGGCCAUACGAAAAAACGCAUUAUUCGAAAAUUUCUUCGACUAAUGUGGUUGAAUUGGCCAAUGUGGAUGAAGCUUUAGGAGGGCUCGACUUGAAUUGUACAACAUUAGGUCAUUUAUACGAAGUUGUUUUUAGAUCAUUGAAGGAGCACACUGGAUACCAAUUGGAUGCAUCCAUCUUGAUGAAAUACUAUCUUUUAUUUGAAAAAUGUCUCACGAAUCACCCACAAAUAAAUUUUUCUGACCGCCCAAUCACCGUAUUUAUUGACCACCUUAUACGCGCACAAGACCCAUUAUCGGAACUGUAUAAAAUUUCUAAACUAAACUACAAUUGCGUGAAGCGGGUAUUUGAAUUUUAUUCCAACUUCAGCAUCAACCUCAAAUCAGAACAUAUUGACUGCCGAAAUUUUGAAAAAUUGAUCGAAACUGCCAUUUUUCAGUUUUCCGAUUUGUCAUUUGCAACAAAAGUGAUUCAAUACCUGUCGCUGAAGGGCAAAUUGAGCUUCAAACAAAUUUAUCCCUUUGUUAGUUACUAUUUCGAAAAUGGCAACAUGGAGGAGACAAAGAAAUGGUUUCAAAUACUAAAUGAUGGAGGAUAUAGUGCCACAUCUAGACACAUUAAGAGUUUGAUCCAUAUAAGCCAAUCAUUGGGCACAGAAAGUGUGUUUGGACAACAUUAUAAGUCUCUGCAUUUUUCCAAAAAGCGCGCCAAUCGAAGGCUUUUGGAAACAUUUGAGUUACAAUCCGUACCUGUAUCAUUUGCAGAGGAGCCGGAUAUAGAAUGA